CAAUGUUUCAAAAAUAGUUGGCCAACUCACAAAAUUCUUCAUAAAGUUGCACAGGGUAAAUCUGGUGUUACAAAUGGUACAGAUGAAGUUUUUAAUCCAUGGCCUGACUAUACAUUUACAGGUAGUUUACGUCCUUAUAAAACAUCUUCACCGCGAACUGUUCCUGAUCAUAUACCAAGACCUGAUUAUGCUGAUCAUCCAGAGGGUAUUCCUAUUAGUGAACAACAGGUUAAACUUGCUUCUCAUAUUAAAGUAUUAAAUGAUGAAGAAAUAGAAGAAAUGAGAGUUGCUUGUAAGCUUGGCCGUGAAGUUUUAGAUGAAGUUGCUUCUAUUAUUGGAAUUGGGGUUUUAACUGAUGAAAUAGAUAGAAUUGUUCAUGAAGCGUGUGUUGUACGUGAAUGUUAUCCAUCACCACUGAAUUAUUAUAAAUAUCCAAAGUCAUGUUGUACUUCUGUUAAUGAAGUUAUUUGCCAUGGAAUACCGGAUAUGAGACCUCUAGCUGACGGUGAUAUUUGCAAUGGUUGGUUUUAAGUUAAAAAAUAAUAG